AUGCACUGUUCAUUGUUCAACCUCUUCAUUUACAAAACCCUUUUGUGCAAAGCCAUCUAUACAUCGAAAAAACUAACAUCGGAAUUAAGAGCGACAAAAUUGUUCUUUUUCGAGCCACUCUGUAAGGAGAAGAACUUAUUUUCCCGGAGGUUAAAUUCAGCCAAAGAUAACUAUUUCAUCAAAGGGAAGUCCGCAGAAAAAACAGGGACGAGGAACAUGUACACCCUUGCUGGGAACAGCCACAAGAGUUUAAUCGACAGUCUUAAGGAAAGAGGCAUAAUUGACGAUGAGGACGUCUACGAGACUAUGCUACAGGUGGACAGGGGAAAGUACAUAAAGGAGAAACCCUAUGUGGACACGCCCGUCUACAUCAGCCACGGGGUCACCAUAUCCUCCCCGCACAUGCACGCCCUGUCCCUGAAGCGCCUGAUGGAUGUGCUGAAGCCGGGGUCCCGGGCCAUCGACGUGGGAUCCGGGUCAGGCUACCUAACCGUCUGCAUGGCUAUAAGAACGAAGGUGCUGGAAAACAAGGAUUCCUUUGUCAUAGGGCUCGAGAGAGUAAAAGACGUCGCCAACUUCUCCAUCGAAAACAUCAGAAGAGACAAACCAGAGUUACUGCACCUGGACAAUUUUAAGAUUAUUCACAAAAAUAUAUAUCAAGUGAGUGAAGAGGAGAAAGAACAGUUAGGAUUGUUUGAUGCCAUUCAUGUAGGAGCAUCGGCAAGUGAAUUGCCACAGAUUCUAAUCGACCUAUUGGCGGAGAAUGGGAAGCUCAUCAUCCCGCUGGAUGAGGGGUACACACAGGUUCUGUACGAAAUUACGAAGACAAAUGGGAAAAUAGUAAAAGAUAGGCUCUUCGACGUUUGCUUCGUGACGUUGAAGAAGAAUUAG